GUUUGCUCAGGAGCGCAUUCGUGUCUGAAGGUGAGUGGAGUUAGGACUUGAUGGACUAAACGAUAAGUGGCCGCUUGUACUUGAAUUUGCGCCGUUUUUCUCAAAGCGGGCAUAUCUGUUUUACGUCGUGCGCAAAAGAGGAUGAACGACCAGGCCUAAAGCGCUCAAGUUUUUUUGUUGAACUUUUGAAUUUUGGGUUGGUGUUCGCUGCCGAGCCGUCGCGUCGUUUGGAAGAUGUCCGAAGGAUCGCAGAGUCCGGAGUGCCAGAACCGGUCCUAUGACUCCAGCCGCGGCAACUGCGCCCAGCAUGUGGGUCAGCAGGGUCUGGGCAACGCGGCGUCGUUCCAGCUGCCUCACGGCGUCCUGCCGGACCCGAGUCUCUUCUACAGCAAGGCCGCCUAUAACGGCAUCUCCUCGACCUCCGCGCAGCCGUUUUUCCAUUUCCCAAACGUCGCCACUGAUUACAGAGGGUCCGACCCGCAGGCCGGGGAGUUCGGCCAACCCAAGCAUUGGUACGCGUUCGCUGCGCCCGAAUACACCGGCCAGGUACCUGGCGCGACAGCGGCGACCCAGCCCACGAACCUGAGUCCUCCCAUAGCCGAGACCCGAGAGCAAAUUAAACUACCCGAUAUAAAGACGGAGAAGGACACCGGAGAGGACUACUCCGCGGCGACCAGGGCCCAGCAGUACCCAACGCCCCUGGCCUCCGCCGCCAUGCACCAGGGGGUCUUCUACUCCGCGGCCUGGAACCCGUCCUUCUGGCCCGGGAUCACUCAAAUCGCACCGAUCGGCAGCAACCACCAGAACCCGUCCACGUCAUCGGCGUCCUCCCCUUCAAUGUCGCCCUCGCCGCCCGGUACCGGCCUUCUGGGGAACUCCUUUUUCACCAUGAACCAGAACCCGCUUCCCAACGGGAACCCGGCGCAGAACCCGGCCUCCUCGGCCCGGAGCAGCGGCUCCUCCAGUGGCUGUAGUGACUCUGAGGAGGAGACCCUCUCCACCGAAGAACUGGAGCAGUUUGCGAAGGAGCUCAAGCACAAGCGCAUUACUCUGGGUUUUACUCAAGCUGACGUGGGCCUUGCUCUUGGGAAUCUUUACGGCAAGAUGUUCAGCCAGACGACCAUUUGCAGGUUCGAGGCUCUGCAGCUGAGCUUCAAGAACAUGUGCAAGCUGAAGCCGCUUCUGCAGAGAUGGCUGAAUGAGGCGGAGAACUCGGAGAAUCCCCAGGACAUGUACAAGAUUGAGCGAGUGUUUGUUGAUACCAGAAAGCGGAAGAGGCGGACCAGCUUGGAGGGAGCGGUGCGCGCGGCGCUGGAGUCCUACUUCAUGAAGUGCCCCAAGCCAAACACCCAGGAGAUCACCCACAUCUCUGACGACCUGGGCUUGGAGAGAGACGUGGUUCGCGUUUGGUUCUGCAACCGGAGGCAAAAAGGGAAGCGGCUGGCGUUGCCGCUGGACGAGGAGCCGGACGGCCAGUACUACGAGCAGAGUCACUCCCCCCUGAACAUGGCUCCCUCCCCCAUCCCCAAUCAGGUCUACCCAGGUUCCAGCUACCCCCCCGCCCCUCCUCCCACGCUGUACAUGCCCCAGCUGCACCGGCCCGAUGUCCUGAAGCAAGGCCUGCACCCGGGCCUGGUGGGCCACCUGACCGGCUGAAGCCCCUCAGGUAGUCCCUCCCCGGAGUUCACGUCCCCCUUCUAACAACCAGCCAGGGUGCACAGUCCUGUUUGGUCACUAACCCUCUUGUCAGAUUAGUCUAUGCAAACGUAUGAGUCUGAGCACAAACCCAGGAUCCUGAAAAUGAGAACCAGUUUUAAAUGUGCCUUUUUGUGUUUUGACCCUUCAUGGUGAGUUGUUGUGUAGAUAAGUGUGGCUUCCUUCCACUUUACACUAAAUCAUGGGUGGGCAGGUUGUGCGUACUAGAUGAGAUUUCAGAGGGGUCAAUACUUGUGCAAUACUUCAUCCUGUUCGACUGUUGCAAUGAAAAUGCAAACCUGUGUAGAAUGCAUUUCCACAGACUUUGCUCAAAGCUGCUUGUUGAGUGUUAUCGUUUACAUUUGUAGUCAAAAGUCAGAUUUUGUCCUUUUUGUCACUAACAUCUUGGACGUGUUGAGCUUUAGAUUAAUAAUUGAUGUAAUGAAUGUGUUUACUGGCGUGUCUUAGCUGCUGAUAUUUUCACGUCUCUGAACAUGACGCGUCUGACUUUAAACAUGCAAACUGUAUUUCCAUACCUAAGAUUUUUUUAUUGUAAAGGAUUUAAACUUAAUGUGUUGAACUGGAGUUCUCAUGAGUUAUUAUAUAUUAUCUCUUUUGUAUUUCUUUUAUAAAAGAAAAAAAAAAGUUCCAAGUGUCACUGACAUUAUUAACCAGCUCAAACCUGGUUAUUUCAGUAUUAUAUAUUUUUGACCUUUUUUAUUAAUGAAUUUACAUGGGGUGUGUAACUCUUUGUUUUGAAUAAUUUAUUGAAAAGCUGGUUACACUGAGCCUGAUGCCUUUCAUACAGUACACUUGCACAUGUUUAACCCAAACCAAAAAUAAACUAGUGUGCCGACGUGCACGCACCCAA